GACAUGCGCUCCUGCCGCUCAAAGCAACUUUGAGAGCUGCCUGUUCUUCCCGGCUGGCCGCCGAGCCUCCUGAGAGCCACUGAGCGCAGGGUCGGCUUUGCCGGCGCAAGGGCUGGUUAGAUUCAUUGCUUCUCUCUUCUUCCCUGUUCCCGAAAAUGCUGCAGAGAUAGAAAUGUUGAGAGUUACAGCCCGGGCUCGCUCGUCACUCCGAGAAAAUGGGGCUUCUGUUUGCUGAAACAGAUUUUGUUUCCUUAUGUGAUACUUUACACAUAACAGACAAUGUGAGAAUAACUGCUUGGAAGGCUUAUGAAAAAAUGGAUGUAGUUGAGAGCCAUCUAAAAAAGGAAUUGUGGGGGAUCUGCAUUUUUAUGGCUGCAGUUGACCUGGAUGAGAUGUCAUUCACUUUUACAGAACUUCUGAAAUGUUUAAAAAUUAGUGUAUGCAAAUUUGUGCACUUGAUUAAAGAAGUUGAUGUCAACAUGGAUACAAUUAGUACUAAAAUGGACUGUACUAUAUCACGCCUGAAAAAAAAAUAUGACACACUGUUUGCACUCUACCAGAAGUUUACAAGGACUUGUGAGCUUAUCUGCAUUGACCAGCCCAAUGAUCAAACUUGUGCUGAAAUAAGUUCUUGCUUAUUUAUAAAACUCUGCUGGAUCAUGUUUCUUUUGGCAAAAGGAAAAAUACUGCAGAUGGAAGAUGAUUUGGUUAUCUCUUUCCAAUUACUACUGUGUGUUUUUGAUUACUGUAUCAGACUAUUACCCCCUGCACUACUUAAGGAACCAUAUAAAUCUGUAACUGCAGUAUCUGGGAAUGGCUCAUCUCGAACAAGUAGACAAGGUCAGAAUAGAAGUACGAGAACAUCAAAAAAUGAUACAGACAUCAGGGUUAUUGAAGAGCUCUGUAAAGAAUAUGAUUGUAAUUUGGAUGAGGUGAAAAAUGUUUACUUCACUAGUUUUAUUCCAUGCCUGAAUUCAAUGGGCAUUACAGCUUUCAAAGGACUUCCAGAGAUUGAAAAUAUGUCAAGCAAAUAUGAAGAAAUGUAUUUGAAAAAUAAGGAUAUUGAUGCUAGAUUAUUUCUGGAGAAAGAUGAGACUUUGCAAUAUGAAAAUGCAGAAUGUUUACAGUUAGAGAGAACACCUACAAAAAACCCAAGUGAAGAUUCUCCUAUUGUACUUCCACAAACCCCUGUUCGAGCUGCAAUGAAUACUAUUCAGCAGUUAAUGAUAAUAUUAAACUCUGCAAGUGAUACACCAUCGGACAAUCUUCUCUUCUAUUUUAAUAACUGUACAAUUAAUCCUCAUGAAGACAUAGUGAAAAGAAUAGAAAAUCUGGGUUUAAUCUUCAAGGAGAAAUUUGCUGAAGCAGUUGGGCAAGGCUGUGCUGAAAUUGGAUCUCAGAGGUACAGAAUUGGAGUAAGGUUAUACUACAGAGUGAUGGAAUCCUUAUUAAAGUCGGAAGAAAAACGUCUGUCAGUUCAUAACUUUAGCAAACUUUUGAAUAAUGACAUCUUCCACAUAUCUCUGCUGGCUUGUGCUCUUGAGCUAGUCAUGGCUACAUAUGGCACAUCAAGAAACGCUUCACAGAGCAUGAAUCUGGAGACAGACUUGUCUUUCCCAUGGAUCAUCAAUGUCCUGGACUUGAAAGCCUUUGAAUUAUACAUGAUUAUUGAAAGCUUCAUUAAAGCAGAACCAAGCUUGACUAGAGAGAUGAUAAAACACCUAGAAGGCUGUGAACACAAAAUUAUGGAAUCCCUUGCAUGGCAAUCAAAUUCACCUUUAUUUGAACUUGUAAAGCAGUCAAAAGAGCGAGAGGGGCAGGCUGAUGAGCCCGAACCUGCCAACUAUUUCACUCAGCCUCUUCAGCAUAAUCACAGUGCUGCAGAUUUGUAUCUCUCUCCCACAAAGUCUCCGAAGAAAAAAGUUUCUUCUGCUUUUGUGUAUUCUUCUCCAGAGUCACAGGCUGCAGGGUUAAAUCAGCCUCAAAAACCAUACAAAUCUAUUUCUUUGUCAUAUUUCUAUAAAAAAGUGUACUGCUUGGCUUAUAGACGACUAAAUAACUUAUGUUUGCGUCUUCUGUCUGAUCAUCCUGAACUUGAACAUUUGAUAUGGACCCUUUUUCAUCACACGCUGCGAAAUGAAUAUGAACUGAUGAAAGACAGACACUUAGACCAGAUUAUGAUGUGUUCCAUGUAUGGCAUAUGUAAGGUGAAGAACAUUGAUCUCAGGUUUAAAACUAUCGUGACAGCAUAUAAGGAACUCAACAAUACAAAUCAAGAGACUUUCAAGUGUGUUUUGAUCAGGGAAGGACAAUACGAUUCCAUUAUAGUCUUCUACAACUUGGUAUUUAUGCAAAGACUGAAAACAAAUAUUUUACAAUAUGCUUCCAAUAGGCCUCCAACAUUAUCACCCAUUCCUCAGAUUCUACAGAGCCCUUAUAAGUUUUCUAAUUCUCCUUUACGUGUUUCUGCUGGAAAUAACAUCUAUAUCUCACCUUUGAAGAAUCCCAGCAAAUUUUCUGAAGGGCUUAUGUCACCCACAAAAAUGACACCCAGAACAAGAAUAUUGGUUUCAAUUGGUGAAUCCUUUGGGAGUUCUGAAAAGUUUCAAAAAAUCAACAAGAUGGUAUGUAACAGUGAUCGUCACCUCAAACGGAGUGCUGAACUAAGCACCACCCCUAAGCCUUUGAAGAGAUUGCGUUUUGAUAUAGAAGGACAGGAUGAAGCAGAUGGAAGGGAGCAUCUUUCCGGAGAGUCGAAAUUUCAACAAAAGCUUGCAGAAAUGACAUCUACUCGGACCAGAAUACAAAACCAGAAACUGAAUGAUGGUGCUGAAGCUUCAGGCACUGUACAGAAGUGAACUCCUUUUCAGACCCAUGAUCUGCACUGUGCUGUAUGCUUUGAUUUCUACUAUGUUGUUCUGCAUAUAUUGUGUAGCUAAUUUAAAUUAGUUGAAUUUCAUGUUUUCAGUGUUUUAUGCUAUGAUAUAGCAUAUGUAUUAUCCGUUCAAGUGUUAAUUUAUACAUAUUAGUUUUAAGUAAAAUUGAUUUCCCAGUGCAUUAUUGUUGAAUUAUAUUACCUUUUUCAGUUUAUACCAAUCUACUUUGUUUUAGACAGACAUUUGAGGUUCAAUUUGGAAAUACACAAAAUGCACUAGUGUUUUAUUAAGAAAUGUCAUUUUAAUAUUAGACUUGAUGCACUAUUUAUAUCUUUGAGGUUCCCCCCAAGCAGCAUCCAACAAUACAUCAGAGAACUGCCUGCAGGACAGAGUUUACAAUAAUUUAUACAAUUGGAUUGUGAGGUAUAGUCACUGGUCUGGAUCCCCUCUUGGGGAGUGCACUUAAGUAUGGUUUCUAGAUCCAAUCCAUUAGAUAUCCCUAUUAAAUCAUAUACAUUGCUAACAUGUUUAUCUUUUUUUUCCUGUUAAAACAUGCACACAAAUUAGAAAAGUAAUUUGGCAGCCUGCUUGAAUUUUAUUGAAUGGUACAGCAAACCACAAUUACUGUGGUACAAAACACCUCAAUGUACACAGUUUUAUUUGUCUCAUGAUCAGAGAAGUGCAAUUUUGGAGCUGUCAUUUUUUUAGUCCGUUGGUUUUGUAAUAAUCAGUAUUCAGAUUGCAAAUUCAAUAUAGACUAUGAAAAUAAAGUCCUGAAAUUUUAUUAGCAGGAAGCAUACUUAAGAGUUGGCUAACCUUAAACUAUAAUAACUAUGUAUUUUGACAAAUUGAACAUAGAAAUAUUCUGUAUUCUAAUACAUUAAAGAUUAAUAAAAUACUUUGAAAAGUAAGCAUGGGAAUCAUUAAUAAUGUACAAUGAAAAUUAUAUUUAACAUUCAUGUUUUAUCCUGAAGUUGGGUCUUUGAUAUAAUUUGACGUGAUAGCUAUAAUUUAGUAAACAUGAAAUGGAAAGCAAUUAGACUUUCAGAAAUGUUUCAUACAGUGAACUGAAAAUCUGCAAAAAUAUAUAUUUUUAUAAAUGAAUUUUGAACUUUGGUAAAUAUAGGCCAGAUGAAAUACAAUCCAUAUUCUCCACUUUGGUUCUUCCAUAAUUUCUAAGAUCAGUUGUCACAGUAGAGAGCAAGAACGCAUAAUGCUCUUUUUAAACUACUGGGUUUGAGAGAAAAUUAUCAUGACAUCUGCAUAAAGAAGUACCACCAGGAUGUUUGCUGGGCAGUUUUGUUGAGUCUGAACUGUCUAAAUGAGUGACAAGUGAAUUAAUAUAUAAAUUGAAUAAUAAUAGAGUCAAGAUGCAGUCCUGCCAACUCCCCUGAAAACUGAGGUACCCUUGGACACUGUAUUUAUGACAUUAGAAAUAGGUGGCAAUUAACUGAUGUUUAUGGUAAUUUAUACCAGAUAAUCUAAAAUCAGUAAAAGUUGAUUAGGAUUGGGGGGAUGUUUUUCUGCCAAAUGGUGCAAUAUGAAGGGUGAAUGUAAUACAGAACAGCUUGAUCCAAAUGUUGCUCUGCCAGAAUCAUAUUCAAUCCACUAAUUGUUCCCAUAGGUGUCUGUCCUACAGCUUGCUGACUAUACUUAACAGACUAAUAGGUUUGUAGUUUGGGGACAGCUUUUUCUUACCUCUUUUGUAUAUCAGAAUUAUUACUGUCACCCUCCACCCCCCACCCCUCUUUAACAGAACACACAGCGCAGUCAGGAGAAAAUAGCCCUCGUUCCAGGUUGUUUCUGAUUGCCUCUGAUGUUACGGAAUCCUCCCCAGGGCCCUGGCUGGGCUUGAGCUGCUUUACCAGCAAAUUUAUUUCACAGCAGAGCAAGCCAGACUGGAUGUGAUAAAGGCUUCUUCAUCCUUCUUAUACAAUGCCCAGUGGCAUUCCUCUCAAACUGCUGCAGGAAUAUGCCAGUUGACUUGGGGUGGCUUCAGCAAUGAGUGACAUGCAAUAAUGCACCAGAAAAGUGCUGCAGUUUUGCACUAAGCUGCAGUAAUCACUUUAUGCUAGGCCAUCCCCAUAGCCUCCUUUUUACUUUUGAACAGCUGUUUAAUAUUGUGUUUCUGAGGGGUAUAUGAGGCUUUACGUCU